AUAUGAUGCCUAUCAUUAGCGCUGAACUGACUGAAUUGACGUUCAAUGCACCCUUGCUCUAGUCGAGGACACUGAAGUUUAUUUAAUAGCUACCCUCGUGUAUAAUUUCUAAACUACAGGCAAUGGGAAGUUAACAGGAAAAUCAGAAGUUCUGGGACCUGGCGUUUUUUAUCGAGUGAAGCAGAUGUUAUUGUUUUGUCUUUCUGUAGAAAUGGGCUCGACAAACUCCACCCUGUCAAAAAUUCCAAACGUCGAAGAAUUAAUGCAAGAAACGGGUUGUAAGUUCUCCAAUGGUCACCCCUGCACACAUUGUUCGACUUUAUGAUCGUUUCGAAGCAUUGGACAAGGAGAAGACAGGCCAUCUCCGCCCACAGGAUUUCGGAGCCAUUAAUAGGUUGGCGAUGAACCCCAUUGGGGAUCGGAUCAUUGGGGCUUUCUUCUCUCCAGGACAGGAAACAGUGGACUUCCACUCCUUUGUGAGGAUCCUGGCCCACUUCCGGCCUGCGGACAAAAACCGUCCGAAAGAUCCCAGUAUGCCUGAACCUGUCAACAAUAGGACCAGUAAACUCAAGUUUGCCUUCCAACUAUAUGACCAGGACAAAGAUGGUAAAAUCUCCAGAGCUGAGCUUCUACAGGUGCUGCGGUCCAUGCUGGAGAUGCAGGUGACGGAGGAGCAGCUAGAGAGCAUUGCGGACCGCACCAUCCAGGAGGCUGACCUGGACAAGGAUGAUGCCAUCUCCUUUGAGGAGUUCCGCAAGUCCCUGGAGAAGGUGAACAUCGACCACAAGAUGAGCAUUCGCUUCCUGCGCUAGCUAGAGUGGUUACAUUGGGUCAACUGAUCGUUCACAGAGAUGUAGCCCACUUUGUGUGUACUCAUCCCUCCAUGGUAAAAACAAGGCUUCUGCAGGGAAAUAUGACUGAUUCCUUUAACUGGAUGACUAACACUAAAUACCUUAAAUGACUGACUAAUAUGCUGUAUCUUAAUAUGUUGUUUACAGCAUACUGGAAUAUGGGCGUCAUGUUCCAAAGUCUAACUGCACUAUAGGCCUACUGUAUCACUACAUAGUAACUAACUGCUUUUAUAUAAUACUGUAAAAUGCCAUUUAAUAAUAAUAAUUAUACAUGGGACUUAUAUAGCGCUAAUCAAUGACCCAAUAUCGCUUUACAAUUGUACCAAACAAAUAUUUAAAAAAUGUGUGAAUAAUCUACAUUUUAAUCUAUGUUAGUUUUGACAAGGGCAAACAUAAGCUUUUAUGAAGGGAAACAGAUACUUGAAGUUCACUCUUCCUUGUACAUUUUUUAAAAGUAAGACUUGACUGUAAUAAGUCUCUAGAUGUAGCAGUCGGUGUCCAAAUACACUGAACAUGGGAACUAUACAUACGAGUAUGAAAGUGAUAGAAUAUUUCUACAAAUAAGUAUUUUUCUAAAUGAUACCAUUGAUUUACUGAGUUGCAUAUGAGGAGAAAGGCCAUGAAAAAGUUAAGCUUGGCUAUUAUUGUGUUUCAAUAGAUUUGAUUUAGAGAGAAUGACAGUCACACAAAAUGAAUGUCUACAUUUUCACCCAGGGUAACGAAAGGGUCUGUUUGUGACUGACUGGAUGACAUUGACCUAAUGUGUGCCAAAAUGUAUUUCUCAAAUCUAUGCAUUUUUUGGUCAGAUACAUGGAAUCUUAAUUAAAUAACCCUAUUGGUA